AGCACAUUAUAAGCAAUUAACACCUUGUUGUUUGCCAGCGACACUCUCUGUGUGGGAUCACAAGAUCACCGAGCGCGGAGAGAGAUCAACUCCUGUGCGCCCAGCGUCGAACACCUGCCAAUCAGUCUGUGUCGAGCCAUCGACGAAGUCACAGCGCCGGCUAUCAAGUGGGUAGCAAUUGCUUGUCCGCAUUAUCAGGAGAUUAUCAGUGACCUGCCGAAAUCUCAGUGAUGAAGACGGACUCCGUGAGCGAUCAGUCGCUCCUCUCCUCACCCUGGGAUCACCAUCUGCCGCACAUCGUCAUCUCCACGCAGAGCGAUCUCACGCCAUCGCCCUGCUCCCUGUCGCCAGGCACGCCCAACACCCCUUGCAGGACCCCAAAUGGAUCCAUCAGAAGAAGCCGCAAUUUCCGCCCAGGGACCACGAGGCGCUUCCGCAGGCGAGCAGUGUUUAAGCACGGCGAGGUGAAUGUGAUUCAGUCGAAGCUGAGCAGGAGGAAGCUGAGAUUCCUGCAGGAUAUCUUCACUACGCUCGUCGACACGCAGUGGCGAUGGACUCUGCUGAUCUUCGCGCUCAGCUUCAUCCUCUCGUGGCUGGGCUUCGCCGUGAUCUGGUGGCUCAUCUGCUUCACACACGGAGACUUGGAAGCGUCACACUUGCCACCAAACCAAGAGGAGAACAAUUGGACUCCGUGCGUGUACAACAUCUUCUCCUUCGCCUCGUGCUUCCUCUUCUCGAUUGAGACUCAGCACACAAUCGGCUAUGGCUUCCGGACGACCACUGAAGAGUGUCCAGAGGCGAUCUUCAUGAUGUGCAUGCAGUCGAUUUAUGGCGUAAUGACACAGGCGUUCAUGGUGGGAAUUGUCUUCGCCAAGAUGACUAGACCGAAGCACAGAUCCCAGACUCUGCUCUUCUCCAAGAACGCCGUCAUUUGUCAGCGAGAUGGAGAGCUGUGUCUGAUGUUCAGGGUGGGAGACAUGAGGAAGAGUCACAUCAUUGGCGCGAAUAUCAGAGCGCAGUUGAUUAAGUGUCGCACCACGAAGGAGGGCGAAUUCUUCCAGCAAUUCCAGACAGAACUGGCUGUGGGCACGGACGGAUGCGCCUCGGAUCUGUUCUUCAUCUGGCCAAUGAUUGUUGUGCACAAGAUCGACGAGGAGUCGCCUUUCUACACGAUGUCCGCGUCGGAUAUGCUGCAGGAGCGCUUCGAGAUCGUCGUGAUUCUGGAAGGCACUGUCGAGUCUACGGGCCAGAGCACUCAGACGCGAUCCAGCUAUCUGAAUACUGAGAUCCUCUGGGGACACCGCUUCGAGUCUGUGGUGUCGUACAACAAGGAGCGACAGAGCUACGAGGUGGACUACAGGCGGUUCAAUGAAACAGUCCAGGUGGACACGCCGCUGUGCUCUGCCAAGGAACUCUCGGAGUUCUGCAAGUACCAGGAAGACAUUGGCAGCGCGACGAAAGAGGAUGGGCCACGCUUUCAUUUGGGACACCCAACAGAUCAGACGGACGCUUAGAGCACGUGAACAGUCUUCAAGAUGCUUUUCCACACGCGAAUCUCUCUCUCAAUCAUCUUGUAUGUUGUCUCUCAAAUUCCAUUGCGGCAUUGGCGGAGCAUCACCGAUAUUGUCACAAAAGCCGCGGCUGCCGCUGCUGAUGGAGAAUCUUCGGCAGCUGCCGCAAGCACGCUCUCAGUCGCACAGUCAUCUGCCCAGGACGCGCCACUUCGAUACAGAUUCCAUACGAUCGCAUCCAGAGUAGGGCGAACGCCAUGAGCAUCUCUCUUGACUAUCUUGUGAUCAUGACUUCAAUAAACACACUCAAUCUG